AUUGUACUACACGUGCAAGUGAUAAAAAUUAUCACGAACUAUGGAUGAGACUGUUUUUAUUGCUGCACAAAGCACAUCAACUGUUUAAAAACCGCAGAGAGUCUCAUGGUGCCUCAGUUAGUAAACAAAUAUUCGCAGUUAUAGAAAACCUUAGUUUCCUCUUCCUGUUAUCUGUGUCUUUAAACCGGGCUUAUCAGUACAUUUAUACUAGAUAAAGUUCAUUAUCAGGGAGGCUAUAAAUAUGGUUAAAAGUAAAACAAUAGAUUUAGUAUCGAGAGAACGUUCGUGCGAUUUGUAUUUCGUCAAAGUUUUAAGCUUUAGGCUUGGUAAAGAAUACGAUUUUUCGUUUACAACAAAUGGGUGAUGCAGUGAUAGUUGAUUGUGCCGUUCGGUGUGUACAUUUCGAGAGGAAAAUUGUAAAGUUGGAUGAACUAAUCCACACCUACUUCAAACAUCCCCAACACCUAAUUACGUUGCUCAGCGCCCUUCGCCUUUGCGAACACGACCACAGCUUCGUUCCCCCAUGGUAGUCAAAAUUUAGGCGAAUUGUGUUCCCGGCGCUCAAAUUGAUGGCCAAAAAGCGAUGAAAGUGGAAUUCUAAAGAUUGCAAAACAUUUUUUAUCGAUCGUGUCGAAGUUUUCGUGGUCAAAAUGCCUAUUUUAGCGUUACAGAGAUCGUACAAGUACAUGAUGUACGCCACUAAGCAGCCGACGUUAAGGAUCAAGCAUGCCGAUCUGAAGUGUAAGAAUGGAUGCGGAUUCUUUGGAAACGCGGAAUGGGACGGUUACUGCUCCAAGUGCUACCGCGAUUCAAUGCAAAAAGAGCGGGAAAAAAGUACAAUCGUGCUCGGUAGACCAGAACAGAGCAAGUCGCGGAUUCCGGGUUUUUCCAAAUUCGAAGAGAAGAAGCGGCAACAAAUCGAUAAAAAAAAUAAAUACCUAAAAAAUCUAACGCCAGUGUUUCGAAAGUCGUCCAGUGCCAAAGACACGCCGAGACACCACGAAUUCCACCACGCCAACCCCGAGAUCGAGAAGCUGACGGCCGAAUUUAUAUCAAAAUAUGGAGUAUGCGGCGAGCACGUACGCAAGGACUUCACGAAAUGCGUAACCACGGCCUAUACGAAAACGCGGGCCUUGCUCGACAGCAAACCGAUCGAGGAGGUGGCGGAAUUAGCGCAACAGUAUUACAAUAUGUAUUUAACCCGAUUAAAUACGAAUAGUGUAUAUAAGGAGAUCAAUGGGGAGAUCAGGUGCCAAAUACUGGACUUUUUUGAGAAAUUCGUAAUGGUCGAAUUAUACAGUGCGCUUUUUUGUCCAACUUGUACGCACGACGAAGAGGAAGAUUUGCGUAUUCAGGAACGAAUUCGUAAGUUAAGUUGGGUGACAGCCCACCACUUGGGCUGUUGUAUUAGUGAAACGAGUAUGGAAGUCCGUGACCUUGUCUACACUGCCAUUACGGAUUUGUUAGGUAUCGAUUCGGUUAAAGCCCCACAAGACAAAUUGUCAUGUGUGGUGCGUUGCUGCAGAAGUGUUAUGGAAGUUUUGCAACACUGCCAAGGCGGUCCAGUCAGUGCCGAUGAGUUUCUACCCGCUUUAAUAUUCAUAGUAUUAAAAGGAAAUCCCGCGCGGCUAAAAAGCAAUAUCCACUAUGUCACUCGUUUUUGCAACGAUAGCCGUUUAAUGCAAGGGGAAGCGGGAUACUACUUCACCAAUUUGUGUUGCGCUGUUUCUUUCAUCGAAAAUUUAACUGCCGAAUCUCUUAAUAUGCCCGAGGACGAGUUCACAGCAUACAUGACCGGCGCCAUCACACCAGUUAGUGCUUGGGAAUCCGCUUUGGUCGCGUGCGAAAGCAUGCACCAAUUACGUGAACACCUAGCAUGCCUUAAAGGACUCUCAGAACGUACCGAUGCCGUUCAAAAGGGGACAGUCGAGCUCAAAAGCAACAUCGAAAAAUUCAAAGAAGAAAUCACAAAGUCAAUUACUUCUAUAAUAAAGAAGACUCCUCUAAUAAUUAGGCCACGAAAAACGCCGAUUUCUAUCGAUCGACAAGACUCGAUCACAGACAACCUUCCAUCACCUAUUGCUCCAAUCAUCGUAACAAAUGAAGGGGUCGCCGACACGAGUUUGCCCAACUUCUACAUGCAAAAUUUGCAACUACUCCCACUGGAUUUAACGGCUGACGCGAAAACCAAUCUAAAACUAGACAUAACUCCCUGCUCACAACCAGCCGAAACGCUACAGCCCGGUGAGUUUUCAUUUGAUAAUCGCAGCCUGUGUGGUUUGACGCCGGAUGAUGGGCGCAGUAGCUUGCUAGAACUCGCUAACGUUAAUUACGAUAUUGACUUCUCCGAUUUAAGUGCUGAGAAUAGUGUGACUGAGGAGCUAACGCCCGAUAAGAAUAGAUCAUCCAGUUUUACGCCUGAUCCCUUUAGCCCUGUGGGUAGUUCAUGUAACAUUUCGCAAACGCCACUAAUACCUUCCGCCGCUUUACCGGACGCUUCAUCAAAUCAAAGUAAUGAAUUUGUGUUACCGUUCGCAGACGACGAAACCGAAGCUAGCAAGACGAUAUUAGACAAAGAUGAAAUUGAAACUUUGGCACAUUUACCGGUACCGUUAAUGCCGACCACUUCCAAAUAUUCAGGAUUUUCGAAACAAGGUUCGCAGAUUCCCAGUAUUCCGUGUAAUACCGGCGAUCUCAGUUUACAACCGGUACCUAAUGUAGAUACGGAAAAUAAAGUGUUAAGUUCUGAUGUAUGUUAAUUUUGGGUUUUGCAUGUAAUUUAAUAUUGUAAUUAAUAAAUUUUGUAAAAUAGUCUUGUAAAGUUUUCUAGCUAACGAUAAAAAGAGUUCAAAUUCUAAUUAAUACUAAUUGUUGGAAUUUAUAAUUAAAAAUGUUACUUUUCAAUACAAAUAAAGCUGUGAUCUCUC